AUGUCUUUACCACAGCUACUUCCAAUUGCCGUCCAAUUCAAUUAUAACACAUUGGCCAAUGGUGAAUGGAUACCAGAUUUUUUCCAAGAUCUUGGCGUUUUCGGUAGGGGAAUUGCAUGUCAAAGUGAAUCUGGCUCGGUGAUUUCUUAUUAUCCUGAUCAACAUGCUGAUGCAUUAAGAACUUUGGAAGAGUUUGCAGUAGGCUUCCAUAUGUCAUAUCAAGUUUUUGCAGAGCAAGGAGUCCCAACUAGAGAGACUGAUAUGGUCAUUUAUGACGUUCCUCAAAGUAUUAGCGAAGCCUGCCAAGGGAUCGCAGCUGGGAGUAGAAUGCAGUGUUCCUUAACAGAUUAUUGCGGACCUAAUGCACCUAAUGAUGCUGGAUUGAAUCCACCUUCUGCUUCUGCUUCGGCUUCGGCUCCUGCCUCUGCUCCUGCUUCUGCUCCUGCCUCUGCUCCUGCUCCUGCUUCGGCUUCGGCUUCUGCUCCUGCCUCUGCUCCUGCUUCUGCUUCUGCUCCUGCUUCUGCUUCUGCUUCUGCUCCUGCUUCUGCUCCUGCUUCUGCUCCUGCUUCUGCUCCUGCUUCUGCUCCUGCUUCUGCUCCUGCUUCUGCUCCUGCUUCUGCUCCUGCUUCUGCUCCUGCCUCGGCUCCUGCUUCUGCUCCUGCCUCGGCUCCUGCUUCUGCUUCUGCUCCUGCUCCUGCUCCUGCUUCGGAAACAUGGGCUGGUUACAGUAAAAAUAGUACUAUUAUUACUGAAACAAAAACAUCACCUUUGUCAACAAAACUUAUCACAGUGACCUCAUGCUCUGAUAACUUAUGCUCAGAAAGUGUUUACACCACUGGUGUUACAACUGUGACAAAUGAGUUUACAACUUAUACAACGUACUGUCCUCUAACAAGCUCCAAGGUGGAGAUAGCAUCGAACUUGGAAGGAUCGAUUUCAAGUACCCUGGUCCCUGCAACUGUUUUCCCUACAGAAAGUGCAAACUCGAGUACAUCUCCUUCCAUUCAACCUCAGGUAUCAUCUGUCAGCUCGCUUGCCACAUCCUCAGCUUCUCUAACUGCUCAAACCGCAAACGCUGGUGGUAAACUAGAUUAUGCAUUCGGUUCAGUUAUUAUUGGUGCUGCUGCUCUACUGCUAUAA